UCCUCUUCUACCGCCGCGUCGGUGGCCGUCACCAAAGCGGAGACUUUGGCGCAGGAAUGGUUCACGUCCAACUUCGACGACAACGAGACGCAGCUGGCGGUGGGGUUCAACUCGGCGCUCAACAACCUCUCGAGCAGCGACGUCAUAUGCGACGGCGUGCCGUCGGUGCAGCGCCGCACGGACGAGGCGACGCCGAACGGCGGCUGCCCCGACAUCUUCACGGCCGUCAACGCCUCGUGCUCGUGCCUGUCGACGGGCUACUCGGACACGGACACGUGGGAGUUCCACGUCACGCUGAGGACGGACGAGGGCGGCGACAGCUACCCGACGACGCUCACGUCAGAGGACGUGCUGGCCGUCGACUCGAUCCGGACGCUGCUCGUGCCCUCCAGCCUCACGACGCUGAGGAUUGUUGGGGAGGGGACGUACCCGCAGACGAUUACGUUCGUGCCGCAGGAUCAGGAUCUGCCAGGGUCCACGCUGCCGAUAGCGGACGUGGAGGACGGAUCCAUCGCCAUUACGACUGUG